UUUUGCAUUAAAAUACUACAAUAAUCAUUUAUGCAAAAUACAUUUUCUAUUGGUUUUUUUUGCCUAUCUUUUUGUUAUUACGAACGCAUAUUUUAGUGGAUAAAAUAAAAACAACAUUUUAAUUUCUGAACUAAUUUAUGCUCAUAACAAAGUGACCGCCUUAUAAAAUCUUUCGCAUUUGGUAGUCAUCAUUCACCUCUAAUCGGUCACCACCGUCAAAGCCUAACCGUCUUCCUCCGUCGUCACUCUACGAUUAUUGUUCCGUGUGAGUCUACUCUGAAACCGGCAAAACGCCGUCGUUUUUUUUCGCUCCGCAACACUCAUGGUGAGUCCUAUUGUGACAAUGCAAAAUGAAGAUAUUGGACCUGAAUGGCUUAAACCAAUGCUGAGGGCCGAUUACUUCAUUACCUGCCCUCUUCAUUUGGACUCUCAUAAAAGCGAUUGCAAUUUGUUCUGCUUGGAUUGCAUUGACAAUGCCUUAUGUUCCUACUGUUUGGUCCACCACAAGGGCCAUCGUGUUCUCCAGAUUAGGCGUUCUUCGUAUCAUAAUGUGGUGAGAGUAAAUGAGAUUCAGAAAUAUAUCGACAUAUCGUGCAUUCAGACGUACGUUAUCAACAGUGCCAAGAUUGUUUUCUUGAACGAGAGGCCCCAGCAGAGGCCGGCCAAGGGAGUCACCUACACGUGCCAAAUCUGUGCCCGUGGCUUGCCUGACUCUUUCAGAUUCUGUUCUGUCGGCUGCAAGCUGAGUAGCAUGGAGAGAGGUGAUGUGGAGCUCUCAUUUCUUGUGAAGAGCAAACACAAACGGGACGAGUAUGACUCGUUUGAGGUUUGGACCCCGAAAAAGAUGCACAGAGGGAAUGCAUUGUUGGUGGGUCGACUCGCAACAUCAUUCAGUUCGAGUAGCUCGGGAGAUGAGGUCUCGGGCAAUCUUUCUCCACAAACUCCUCCUUUGUUCAACCACUCCAACUCCAACUCCAAACGGAGAAAAGGCAUACCCCAACGUGCCCCCUUCUGAUAUAAUAUGUAUAUAUAAUAUAAUAUCAUUAGAGGAGGGUUUCAAAAAUGACUGGUCAUUGUGAACAAAAGACCAAAGAAAGAUAGUAGUAAGUAUAGCAUUAGAGUUGAUUGAUGUAUACGGGUUGUAUAGUUUGUGGCUUUUAAAAGUUUGUUUACAUAUAUUUUAUUACGCGCAGCUUUGGUGAAACUUACUUUAGAUUAUGGAAAUAUUGAAGUGUUUAAUGAUAUUGAUACUAAUGAUGCAUGUAAUUCUGUUUCUAGGAUAAUGUACGUGCUGUUCAAAUUUUUACUUUUUCUUCCAU